AAGUUUGGAGCAGAAGCACAAAGCUAUGUAGAGGAGGAGGAGCAGCUUUAGAAAGAUUUUCAUCUUGGACGCAGAGAUUCUUUGUGUGGAGGAAGGAGAGAGAGAGAGAGAGAGAGAGAAAGAGAGAGAGAGAGAGAGGGAGAGAGAGAGAGAAAAAGGUGCUUACCGGGGGGAAUAUUAAAGAAGGAAGGAGACAAGUGAGGAAGAUCUCACUCAGUCACUCAGCAGAGCAGCGAUCAGGCAAGGCGAGCCGCGCCCGGAACGCAUCCCAGCAGCACGCUCCGCUCCCCGGCUUAGAGCAUGGCCAGUUCGAGCAAAGCCACUUCAAUCUUGCUCGUCUACGGGAUCCUAAUGCACUACGGCGUCUUCUGCACACCCCUAGGAUUAAGUUACCCCAAAAUUAGGCUGGACAACGACGCCUUCGAGGACGGCAACUCUUUAGGCGAGCUGGGCUUCGACGGCGACCACCUGGCGAUACGCAGCGCCGCGUCCUUGAACGACGACAACUACGCGCUCUUUUACCCCCCCGAGAAAAGAGCAGAAAGGCAUGCUGAGGAGGAGUUAGAUAGAGCCUUGAGGGAGAUCCUGGGUCAGUUAACAACGAGACAUUAUCUGCAUUCUCUGAUGACAAUUCGUGCAGGUGAGGAUGCCAGCAUGGAGGACGAAGUAGAACCUUUAUCCAAGAGACAUUCAGACGGGAUUUUUACCGACAGUUACAGCCGCUACCGGAAGCAGAUGGCGGUGCAGAAAUACCUGGCAGCGGUUCUGGGACGAAGGUACAGACAGAGAGUCCGGACUAAAGGACGCCGAUUCGCCUAUUUGUAGUCACGCAGGCUGUGUACACUAAAUUAUUAUUAUUAUUAUGAGGACCCCAUCAUUCAGAUAUAGCUGCAGUGGAUUGUGCCUGUGUUCUUUCAACAUGUAUUUAUGUAUGAAGUCAAGCCAUUAAAAUUAAUAUUUUAUUAAUAAUGUUUUUAUUUUUUUUAUUUUUUUUUUACCCCCCCUUUCCUUUUUUUUUUUUUUUUUUUUUUGGUUUAAAAAAAAAAAAAGGCACUUGAUAAUGAUAACGCACAGUCACGGUGGACCGAUAUUUGAUUUGUUUCAAGAUGGAUGGAUGUUACAAUAACAACAAAAAAAAAAAAAAAUAAAUAAAUAAUUGUGCACCUUCAACGUUACGCGCUUGAAAAGAACAAAACAUAUAUCAUAAAAAAAAAAUAAAAAAAAUAAUCAUAUGCAGAAAAAUAAAUUGAUUAAAAAAAAAAAA